AUGCCGCCAAAAUUCGAUCCCUCUGCCCCCGAGAACGCAGAACUCAUCUCCCUCUUCCAGAACCUGGGUCUCGCCAACAAGUCCGCCACAGAGCUCGUCCGCCAGCCCAAGUCUGGCAAGGCCUUCAAGUCUCUUAUCGACCAGUACAGCCUCGGCAACGAGAGGUUCGAUGAGAAGCAAGCUGGCGCCCUCGUCAAGCUGAGCUCUGUGGGAGACAAGCUGAGCGAGGAGCAGAAGGGCUGGCUCGUGCAAAAGAUUGUCAAGGGGGACGUCAAGUCGCCUGAUCAAGUCACUGCUGCUCUGAAGUUUGCCGAGAAGAAUCCGGACCUCGCUGCGAACGAAGCUGCUUUCGACAAGGAGUGUGGUGUUGGUAUCAACAUCACCGCCGCCGACCUCCCUGAACUCCUCAAGUCCUACCUCGCUUCCCUCCCCACCCCAGCCGAAUCUUGGUCUGCCCUUGGCCCUGUUUUGGGCGGUAUCAAGAGCGGCAGCUCCGACCUCCGAUGGGCCAACGCCGCCGAAGUCAAGACCUCCCUCGAAGAGAUCUUUACCUCCCUCUUCGGCACCAAAGAAGCCGCUGCUGCCGCCAACGCCGCCAAGCCCAAAGCCAAACCUGCCAAACCUGCCCCUGCACCCAAAGCCGCCGCCUCCGCCGCUGCCACUCCUACCGACCCCAGCGAGCCUGUCAUCCCCACCAACAUUUUCAGCGACGGUUUCUUGUCAGAGUUCCACAAGGUCGGGGAGAACCCGCAGAUCGACCCAAAGUUGAAGGAGAAGCAUUUGGAGUGGACUCAGGGCAAGGUGCACACGCGUUUCCCGCCAGAGCCCAAUGGGUUCUUGCAUAUUGGACAUGUGAAGGCUAUCAUGAUCGACUUUGGAUAUGCCAAGUACCACGGUGGUCGCACAUAUCUCAGGUUUGACGACACCAACCCCGAAGCUGAAGAGGGCCGCUACUUCCAGUCCAUCCUCGAAUCCGUCCGAUGGCUCGGCUUUGAGCCCUGGAAGAUCACUUACUCUAGCGACAACUUUGACAAGCUGUACGAGCUUGCCUUGGAGCUGAUCCGCCGGGGAAAGGCUUACGUCUGUACUUGUGAUGCCGAGAAGAUCAAGGAAGAUCGAGGUAUGGGCAAGGGUAACCCUGUGCCCUGUAUCCACCGCGAACGUCCCUCUGAGGGAUCCCUCCACGAGUUCCUGAGGAUGAAGAACGGAGAGUACGAGGAAAAGACUGCUUGUUUGAGGAUGAAGAUGGAUUUGAGCUCGGGUAACCCCUACAUGUGGGAUACUGUGGCCUACAGAGUCAAGAAGGCGCCCCACCACAGGACAGGUGACAAGUGGAAGAUCUACCCUACUUAUGACUUUACGCACUGUCUCUGUGAUAGCUUUGAGAACAUUACCCACUCCCUCUGUACCAUCGAAUUUAUCCCCGCCCGAGAGUCCUACGAGUGGCUCUGUGACGCCCUCUCCGUCUACAAACCCCGUCAAUACGAAUUCGCCCGUCUCAACCUCCAAGGCACUUUCCUUUCCAAGCGCAAGAUCGCCAAGCUUGUCCUCAACAAGCACGUCCUCUCGUGGGACGACCCCCGUCUCUACACCAUCAUCGCUCUCCGGCGUAAGGGUAUCCCUCCCGGGGCGUUGCUGUCGUUUGUGAGCGAGCUGGGUGUGACCAACAUUCCCUCGACGACAGAACUGAAAAAGUUUGAGAGUGUGGUCAGGAAGCAUUUGGAAGACUCGGCGCCGAGGUUGAUGAUGAUCUUGAACCCCAUCAAGGUCAUCCUCGACAAUGUCCCCGACGACUACCGCCACCCUGUCGAAGUGCCCGUCCACCCCAAGAUUCCUGCCAUGGGUACCUUCAUGACCAACUUUACCAAGGAGGUCUACAUUGACGCGGACGACUUUAGGACCGUCGACUCGCCAGACUACUUCCGUCUCGCCCCUGGCAAGUCUGUCGGUCUGUUCAAAGCUCCCUUCCCCGUCCGCGCCACCUCCUUCACCACCGAUCCCUCCACGGGCAAGGUCACCGAGAUUCACUGCCACCUCGAGAACGACUCUGAUUUCAAAAAGCCCCAGGCCUACAUCCAAUGGGUCAACGUCCCCGACGCUGUCCGUAUCGACCAAGUGCGCUACUUUGGCCCUCUCUUCAAGAGCGACCCUCCUCCUGCAGACUUUGAGAGCGAUAUAUCGCCUGAUUCUUUGCAGAUCUAUGAGGGUGCUGUUGUGGAGCCGGCGUUCUUUGAGGUGGCGAAGAAGCAGAUGGCAGAUGCGAGGGAGGCCAGUGUGUUGCGUACCAAGAAGGCUCUUGCGCAGGCUGCUCCUACUUCUUCCGCUACAACUGGAUCUUUGGAGACCAGUGCUUCUGCUCCCGUCGCCGGGUCUGCCGCUGCGGCUCACGCUGAAGACGAGCCCGUUGCCACCGCCGACCAGCUCAUCGGUCCCGAGAACGUCAGGUUCCAGGGUAUGCGUCUCGCGUACUUUGCGCUCGACAAGGAGAGCUCGGUGGCGUGCUUGGAGGACGAGAAUGUGAAGGGUGCCAAGGCUGGAGACAAGAUUGUGUUGAACAGGAUCGUCUCGUUGAAGGAGGACGUUGGAAAGAAGGCUUAG